AACCCUAAUGAUUAUUAUGUAUAAUAAUUUGAUUUUAUUUACAGAGGGGAUGGCCUGAAAUGCCACCAUCUGGAGGAGUCCUUUGGGUACUGCACCCAGAGGAAGAGGGAACCGUUUUGCAGCACUUCUAUUUUAGUGUAUUUAAUUUGUAAAUAGUUUUAAUUGUAAAUAGUUUGUUGUUAUAUUUGAUUUUACUGCAUGUUUUUUUAAAGCACUUAUAGGUUCCCUCUUCUUCUGGCUUAUGUAUCCAAGGACUACAGUGGAGAAUUUUGGAAAGGGCGAAAGGAAGGGGCGAAUUCCGAGACAGGAAGUAAAGAUUUUUUUUCUUUCAGGACCAAAAUGUGGAAAUUAAGGUAAUUUUUAUUAAUUUGUGGCCAUUAUGUAUGUAUAUGUAAAAUUUAGGAAAAUAUAGUUAAUUGUUGGGACCUAAUUAUUGAUCGUUUUUAAUGAACCAAUUUUUGGAUUUUAUUGAAAGUAUAUUUUUUUAAUAGGGAUAUUAUUCCCCCCAAAAAUACUAUUAGAAUUUUUUAUUUUUAUUAAAAAAAUUUUUUUAAAACGAUACUUACCAGGAAGGUUUUUUGAUAUUGAGUUUCUGUGCCAGUGCACGCACAUUCCGUAGGAAUGCGCUUCCUUUUAUACCAACUAACCAUAGCCAGAGCCAGACAGAGAAGUAUAUAAAUUCUUAAAAUUCCUUACCUGUGAAACCAGACCGCGUGGGACGAUCGCCAAAAGUUUGUUUAGCCCGGAAUGGGAACCGGAAGGGUGGGACUUCUACGAAAAUACUUCCGGUAAAAACGGGGUCUCCCGGAAAUAAAAGUCCAUGCAAAAAAGUUUGACAGCACACCCUCUGAUGAAGCCGAUCCAGGCGAAACGUCAGGCUGCUGUCCUCAUUCUCCUCCUGUGGACUUCAGGUUUUUGAAACAUUUUUUAUCUAAUAUUUUUGGUCUACUUUUUUGGACUCACCUUGGAAAAACGUCGACUAUCCCCGUCACGGCAGAGAAGACUCCUGGACCUCGAAUGACCCUCGCCCCCUUGUUUCAAGCUUCUGUGAACAGUAAGGAGGCGCAACAGCAUGCGGACCUGAAAACAGUGGAAGGUGAGAACAUGGUCGCCGAUCGUGUCGAAACCUACGCACAGGCUUUGAAGAAAGGUCUGAAAUCAAAAGGUGAACCGGCGCAAAAACAGGUAUUGCGUAAUCCAAUUUGGACGUCGAAGCAGGUCAUUCCUUCUCUACAAUGUGUCAGAAACGAUCCGUUGCCACAGAGACGAGAGCGGCGGGAGCGGAGCAAGAAGGACGAACCACCGAGGGCUGGGAGCCAAGACUUGCUACGGAAGCGAAAUGAAAAUUUUAAUUGUGUUAAGACAAUAAAUUGUAAUAAAAUGACUAAACAAAGUGAAAAUGCAAGCUUGUUAGAUUUACCGUUAGAUCUCCCAAUAGAUGUACCAGUAGGUGAUUGGCCCACGGGUCCUACAAAUGAAAACCUCGUACACAUUGAUUUUAAACAAAAUCAGAAUAAGUCUGAUGUUAUACUUACCGAACGUGUGGAAAAAUUUGCGGAAAGGGACCCGAGUGGUCCAGAAAAGACGUUACUUACCAAUACCGCAUCCGAACCGGCUGUUGAAUCUGAAAAAGAAAAAGUAAAAGAGAAAGUUACGGAGGGUGAAAUAAGUCUUAUGAAUUUUGACGAAGAAACUAUUAAAAAUAGUGUGACGCCUAUUAUGAUAGGCCGAAUUCGUCCAAAACCUAAUACGCUACUUGCUACGGAUAGCAGGAUACUUACCAGUACACCUAAUGCUUCAUCUGUGGAAACCGGAAAACAAAAAAUCGUACUUACCAAACCGGAUAAAAAAAUUACCGAAAAUAAUGAAAUAUCUAUCAAAUCUAGCGAGACGUUACGUACGGAUAAUCAGUGUACGCUUCAGAAAAAAACAAUUCUUUCCAAUUCGGACAGUCUUAAUUCCUCCCCGGUAGUUACAAAAAUACUUACCGCGCUUCCGCCAUGGAUCCCGUCAGACGCUAAAAAGAGUGAACUUAAACAAUUAAUAUCAUUAGAGGAGGAGGAAAAAAUAGCGGAGGAAAAUUUAGAUCAACUAUUGCGUGUACUUUCUCCCUCGUCAGUUGCCAUGGGGAUGGAAGCUCCGAUUGGGAAAAAGACACUCCACCCAGAAAACGAACAUAUUGCCGUAUUGGAGGCGGGAGAGGAGUCUAGUGUAGAUUCUGAUUUUUCUUCCUCCCCUAUACUGGUUAAUUGCGAACAAGGGAGUUCGGAACCUAUGCGCCAUCAAAUUACGCAAAAAAAGAUAGUGGAUUGGACAGUACAAAUACGGAAACCGAUUGUCUUUCUUGGCGAUUCCAAUUUAUCCAGAAUUCCGCCAUUCUUUCAUAAUUCAAUACAAGUAGAUAGUUAUCCUGGAGCUACGUUUCACCAUAUUCGCGAAAUAUUGGAAAAAACACACGAGGAAUAUCACAUGACUCAAAAAGUUAUUCUCUCAUUAGGCUUAAACAACUGUCUUAGCACUCAAACUACGACUACAACUUGCAAACAAUUGCAGCAAUUGGUCCGGACUUGUGAGAGGAAAUUUCCUUGUGCGGAAAUUUAUAUUCCAGUGAUCCAUUAUUCGGAUUUAUUGCCGUCAAUUACACAGCAAAAAUUGGAGAAGGUCAACAAGGUCAUUAUGGAAAAAUAUUCUUUUUUGAAUGACAUUAAUAAAUUGAUUUUUAAAGUCAACCCCCGUGAUCCGGUUCAUUGGACUGCUGAAACAGCUCAGAUGAUUUUUAGCUCUUGGAUUGAACAAUUAAACUACAUAUAG